AUCCCAUUCAAACCCCCUAACAGCGUGAGUUUGUUCUUGCUGAUGAUUUCGUGAUUUCAUGAGCGAAAGCUCUUUCUAUCACCUGGGUUAUCACGCCUUUGUGGUCAGCACCGUUCUUGCAUUGGUGGUUUAUAGCUGUUAGCUGUAGUCAUAGUUGUUGGCAUCCUCUGUCCCCCGCGAAACAUCUUUCAAGCCGAAUGGGCUCGCACUAGCUUGCUAGGCCUUUUGUCCUUCCUCCAUGUCAUCGUCACUUACUUGGCUGCUGCAUUUUGAGCCUAAAUCCGCUAUCAUGAAGAUCCCUACCAUGGAUGAGGCCUUGGAGCACUCCAAAGCCGACCGAGAUGAGUUGCCAGACGAUUGCCCAUUCAGGUAUCACGAUUCCAAACAAUGGAAACAAAUGAGUAAGGGCGGCGACGAUGAAAAGGCCUACUAUUUGAAUAUCUGGAAUUCACUCUCCCAACUUCAAAAAGUCGUGCUUUCCCAGCAUGCCACCGAUAUCAUCCGUGCCAGCAAGAAGCGCCAAACCUUUAGCUCCCAGAUUAAGGCUACUCAAACCUACUGCCUCCUCGAAUCUGCCGCCUCACUUGGAUGGUCUUCCUUCGUCCUUCUCUGUGGUGCCCCAUUCGCGCUCAUCACCAGGCCCUUCAACGUCUUCUACAUGGUUGCCUAUUUUGGAUCAGUAUAUUCCUUCUUAUUUGUGGCCAAUGUGGCUUUCUUGAUUGCACACGUGUUGGGUAUUGGAAAGUUUAUACGUAUGCUUGGUGAUCGUCAAGGCGCCGGUUGGAGUCCGAUCAAUUGGCUUAACAUCAAUAUUUUCAAUCGCAAACAAAGGAUCAUCAAACAUGCUCGUGAAGCGUUUUGCAGUGAACUGCCGAGCUUCGAGCCCGCCACGAAAAUUGAUGAUCCCCACAGUAAACGACGCAAACUUCAAUUCAACGUUGAUGUUGCCCGCUCAAUCUUGUUGAUGUGCUCGAUCGUCUACGAGAGAGACGUCCGAUUUGUUGAAAAGGCUGCUAGCGGUGCCAUCUCGAGGCCAUCACUCGGUGACAGCGACUCUCCCUCGGAACCUAACGAGGGGGUCUUGUACUUGUUGAAGAGUGAAGAGUACAUGUACCGCGCAGGUUACCUAUGGGACUUGAGAUUUGUCUCCAUGGCCGAUUUUCGCAAACUCACUGGUCCCUUCGCUGGAGCCUUCUACGAUUAUGAGAAAGUUGGCGCCGACGAGAACCCUUUCAUCGUGAUUGUGAUGAAGGGAACUAGUCCUGACAAUUUCUCCGAGUGGCUCAUGGACUGUGCCUGCAAGUUCGAAUCCGCCGGCGACUUCCUUGCGACCGGUCUUGCUCACAAUGGCUUUUACAACACCUUGUUUCCCUCCAAGACCUCGGAUGCUCAUGUCCUCCCAUACAUGCGCAUCGUCGAAACUAUCAAAAUGAUUGCCGGUCAAGCUGCCGAGUAUACUCAGCAAAAGUAUGGAAGGGCCAAGAAAACCAACUUAUACGUGGGGGGACAUUCACUCGGAGCAGGCAUUGCCCAAUUGUUAUACGCGAGGUUUUUGGAAUCCCCCGAUGAUUUGGGAGACCAGGUAGUCUUGAGAGAUGGCUACGUAUUCGGAACUCCACGUGCAUGUGAUUUCAAACUGGCGUCCCGAGUCGAUUUUAACAUGAACAAGCCCAUGAACCAAGGCAGGCAACUAUGGCGUGUAGCCAACCGAGCCCAAUCCCCAAUCAUUGGCGAUGUCGUAACUCGCGUCCCUCCUGGAUUUGCUGACAAGAGGGAAAUUAGAUGCGGGCUUCAGGAGGGCAGUUACUAUGCUUAUGCUGCCAUCGGCACUCGUGUUGACUUGACUCCCAACGCCUUAGGUCCGCCAUUCUAUCGCAUCGAAGAUGCACCCGUUGGUCAUAAUGUCGAAGUCUACAAGAAGGCGGACGAAUCGGAGAACGAGUUUGCUCGCGCCCGAGAGACCUCCAAGUUUAUAAUGCCUAGGGAUAUUGUGCAGCUCAGCAUGUGGGCUGUUACUUACCUCGUGCCCAUAUUACACGAUCAUUUCCCUGCAAGUUAUAUGGAUUCGUUGUACAAGGUCCAGGCUAAGACUGCCUACGGGAAACUUAAGGGCAACAAAAUCAAGUCAAAAUCCGAGCAGCAUACCGGUCACAACUUCAAGACCGGUCAACACCCCACCGCGGCUGCCCCUACUAGCACAACCCCCGGUCGAGACAAGUGA